UCAUCAACGAGAUGUCGAUGCGGCUUGUCAGGUUGAAGAGCACUAUGGAAGCGCAUGAAGAUCUCAAUAAUGGAAGGAACAAAAUCCACGGAGAAGGCAAUGCUGGAGGACUAGGCGGUGACGAGUUCAGCACCAUGAUGACGGGGUCAGCGCACAGUCCGAUCCCGAAUAUGCGUGGGACCACAACGGCAAAGAACCAGAUGAAGCAAUCCGAAACAGCCUAUGAGCGGAUGUUCCGUCAGUGCGGGUUGGGUGAUUUUAUUGCCCGUGAUCCUGGCAACGUUUUCAAUCGUUUGUAUCAGGACGCUCUAGCACGCGUUCAGCGAUUGGAGGAUGCGCAGAUGCGACAGCAAACAGAGUCAGUGUUACAGAUCUUUGGCAACGAAGAAGGCAUUGUGUCGCCAGUUGUUGUGGAACGCGCUGCAAAAAUCGCCACAGGAUUCUCAUCUGGAAAACUGAAUGCUGACGCAUUUGUUGUUGGAGCACCACCGCCAGGAUCGUUUGCAGGAGCUGCUGGCGCGGCUGCUGCUGGAGAUCAACAGUUGCAGCUAGCAGUUCAAGACUGUUCAGCACUCAGUGGCUGCGCCUCCGCAGCUGCAGAGACGUGUACGACAUUGGCUAGUACAUUCUUGCCGUCGACGGUAGCUGGUGACCCACGACACGAGCACUCACUGUCAUCAACUUUCAACCCAGCAUUGACCAAGGAGUCUUUCCAGUAUUUCCAGCCAAUCGGACAGGAGAUGUCAAAUUCUAGUUCGACGUCAACUGCGCCACCACCUCCGCUGCCUAGCAAGGCAGCACACGCGAAUAGCGCCGCGGCAGGGACGUUUAUGACCGACGAUGGCCACCGCCAGCAACAAGAAGACAUCUCCACUUCCCAAGUGGAUGCUGGAGCUUCGGAACUAGGUGAAUAUUCUAGUCAGUACUACGAUGACGCUGUUUCCGUGUUGCGCACAACAGGAGCGGUUUCGAAUCAGUCAUCUCUAGUUGUGCGGCCUGAUAACGGUUGGUCGGCAUCAGAGUCUUCUAAUGAUCAUACGCGCACAGACGGGUUUCUGACACAAAUGGAGACGACUACGAGAACAGAUGAAUAUCCCAUCGAUCGCGGUGGUGAGAGCAGUGAUCAGCAACUGGAGCUUUACAACAAUGGGAAUGCUGGUUCACCAGGAGGUGGUCGUGCUGGUCAGCAUCACCUACAAGCCUUGCAAAUACAUCAUCAAGAACAGCAGCAAAACGAGCCAGGAGGCGCGGGAGUUUCAUGGGUAGGUCGGCAAGCUCCUGUGAGGCGGUUGUCGGAUGCAGGGACGCAUCGCGCUUUGCCACAAGCGGCUUCACCACCGAUCAUGUUGCAGGCAUAUCAGGCACCGGGUCGGCGAUCUACGCGGGCCGGUGCUGGAGGGCAGAAAAAUGUGAUUUUAAGUCCACUGCAACAGUCACCACCAAAGCAGUUUUUCGUUGUGCAAGAAGACCCAAGCAUACUAAACAACUCAGCGUCACUGUCGGCAUCUAUGUCUUCAUCGACGAAUCCGCCGCCUGGAACGAUGAGUAAUACUGUAAGCGGAGCAGGAGGAGCAGGUCUAGCUGCUGCGAGCAACGCCGUAUCGACAGCCCAGCAACCGGGCACUCUAGCAACCCGUGGCGCAAGUCGAAUCACAGGAGGCCUUUGUCAGGAACAGCAAAUGCUUCGAACCGGUAAAGCGAUUGAGACGACUCCUGGAGGAAUCACAGGAAAACCCACUGGCGCAAGUGUGGUUGUCCCUUCUCCACUUGCUCUUGCUGUCGACAGUGUUUCCCCGAUCAAGCUCUCUGCCUCUCCAGAAAAACUGAGCCCUCUUAAGGUCUCUCCGAUGAAGGGUAAGAAACUGAUGCCACGGCGCUUGUUUGAGCACACAACUGGAGUCGACGUCUCGUCAGAAGACGCGUACACUUUUACGUCUCCGUGGAUGUCGAAGAAUAGAGCUUUGUCUUCAUACGAGCAGCUGAGUAAUAGGGGAGAAACUGACAGUUUCCACCUCGCGUCCACACACUCGUCACCCUUCAAGAAGACGCCUCACAAACAGCCGAUGUUGUCCCCACUACAUCACGCAUCACCAGCGGGCGUUGUAUACAACACAAAUGCGGCAACGUCAGAAAGCAAAGCAGCGGAGCGUACCUUUGUGGGGAGCUACUCGCGGAAGAGCCCCGCGAAGUCGUUGUGGAAAUAAGCAGGUCCUGUAACGACUUACAAUAGAAAUAGACUCCCCAUUCCGAUGUAUUCAAUAUGUUUUGACAAUACUAGUAUCUAUACACCAUUUUGUUGAAAAAAUGCGGCAUACCGAAAUGUCCAAGCGAGGAUUCAUUGUACUUACCAUCACACGACACGACUGGUAUCAACAUACAAGGUGUAUAUGCACAGCAACGACCAGCAUGUAAAUAAACAAAUGCAUCAACGUUAGUACGCUAAUUCAUUCAUUCACUCAUAGAGCAGGUUCACAGUCAUCAAUAGACAAGGACGAGCACGAAGGCCUGAUUCGUGAUUAUGAUAAAAUUGAAUGAAAGCACUAAGCCCAGAGGCCCUAGAGGGAGGGGACGUACUCCAGUUGAUUUUGUACUCGCAAUUGCAAGGAGC